AUGGAUCUCCUCUCGACAAUCCGAAAGACUGGCUCGCGUGGAGGCGUCAACUUCAGCUGGGACGAGGUCGCCAACUCGUCUCGCCGCGAAAACUACCUGGGCCACAGUCUAAAGGCGCCCGUGGGCCGCUGGCAACAGGGCAAAGACCUCAACUGGUACGCCAAGGCCGGCACGACACCCGCCAACGCCGACGAGACGGAAGAGGAGCGCGAAGCACGCGAGCGCAAAGAAGAACUGCGCAAAGUCAAGGAAGCCGAGGAAGAUGCGAUGGCGCGCGCCAUGGGGCUGCCCGUCAAGCAGAGAGAUACAACAGGUGCCAACUCCAUCGAGGUCGGAAACAAGAGGCAGAUUGGGCCGGCUUCUGGGCCGCCGGACGAUGCAGCGGAGAUGGCGAAGGCGGUUGCGGAUCAGGCCGCGGACGACGAGAGACGGGGCCGGGAAAAGUCACGCCGUCCUCGCGAUGGAGACAGGCGGGAUCGAGAUGGCCGUCGCAGACACCGAAGCCGAAGCCGCGACAGAGAGGAGGGAGCGAGACGCCGCCACAGGAGCCGCAGUCGUGACAGGGAACACAGAGACCGCAGACAACGGAGUCGCGCGAGAGAGGGCAGGCCUGGUAGGGAAGAAGGGCGGCACAGAAGACACCGAAGCCGCAGUCGUAGCCGGGACCGUGGGGGACGCAGGCAUCGGGAUGAUAGACCUAGACACCGCAGCCGCUCAAGAUCUCCAGAGCGCAGACAUGCAGGGCGUGAGCGAAGCCCAUGCCGGUGA